AUGUCUUGCAAAGUUUAUACGUACAUUCUUCGUACUGCCAAAAGCGUGGACAAUUUCAAAAUCCAGGCGAUAUUUGACAAUAACAUCAAGACCGAUUUCGAAACCCAUGCCUUACUCGAUAAUCAAGCUGACCCUGGCAUAUUUAUGUAUCGAUUACAAUACACUCUAAAACGUGACGAAAAUGAUACACUUAGUAUGCAACAUGAGAAUGACUGGAAGAAAGUAGAGUUUUAUGAAUUAUACAUCCCGGGAAUUUUUUCGCUAACUCCAUACUGUGAAGCGCCUAAGCAGCAGCGUAAAGUGGAAUACCCUGAUAAGGAAGUUUGGCAUUAUGCACUAUUUGAUGUUGAUUUUGAGAAAUCACUUAUAUCAAAUCCUCCAGGAUCUUCCUUGCCAUUUUGGAAUCAAUUCUGCUUAUUUACUUACUAUUUUAUGCAGCACAAAGCAGAUGAUGCUUGUGAGCUUGUUUUUAGUCAGUUUGUGGCUCUACAUUCUGAAAAUGAUCUUCGUACAGAUCAACUUACUGCUUUCUUCCAAACAUGCAAUAAUUACAAAUCUUGUAUUCCAAAAAGUCCGAUCAGAUAUGUGAAAAAUACUGAAAUACUAAUUCGAAUGAUUGGCAUUUUACCUGUUAACGAAAAUAACAUUGAUGUACUUGGUUUAAGAUCAAAUGGUGACGUAUCAUCUAUAUUGAGUUGUAUAUUCAAACAUUGGGAUAGUGCCGUUGACUCAGUGUCUAAUGAUAAUCCUGAAUUCUUUGAGAACUAUGUUGCAAAAGUCUUAUGUUUGAAAUUAUGGUCAAUAGCAGAAUUCAAAGAAAAUAUGGAGGAUACAAGUGAAGAAGCUAUUGAAUUGAUACGAUGCAUUCGGGAUGAAGAAAAACAAAAAAAAAACGGAUCAGAGUGGACCAGCUUAUUCAGCUUAGCUCAACCAAAUCAACUUACAUUCAAACAUCUUCAUCUAAUUACAUCAAUCGAUGUCUAUUUGAAGUAUCUGAUUCAAGUUGCAACGAUAGAACGGUCGGAAAAUGCCGAUAUGAAGAGCAAGAUUAUUCAGUCAAUUCAAGAUUUUGUAACAAAGAGUCAUUUUUCGUUUGAUCUCAGAAUUAUACAUUUUCUACUUCGAUUUGAACAACGUCAAUUAACAGUUGAUCAUCAAAAUUCUGCUGAUAUUGACGAAAAAAUUCGGAUCGAAAUCAAAGAUAAUGAUAACUUGAGAAAAAGAAUUUGCGAUUACUUAUAUAAAAUGGCUCUCACCAUCGACAAUUUCAAAAGUGUUAGAACAAUUAUGGAUUUUAAAUCACGUUCGCAAUUAUUGCAUGAUUUCAACCGGCAAUGCUUUCUACUUGAGUCAUUGAAGAAAAAUAUAUCCGAAUCAUCUCAUUAUUAUUGUGAAUGGUUUUCAUGUUUUAUUAUGAAUGAUACUUAUUCAAUGAACGUCGAUCAACAGCGACAAGACUAUGAACAACUUGUAAAGGAAUGGACAUCAUGUGUUGAGAGAGAUAUUCACAUAUUUGGUGCAGUGCUCAAAGAACUUGAUAAAUUAAUAGAAUCUUUGCAAUCAAUGACGAACAACGAUGACAAAAACAAAUGUUGUGAAAUCUUCAUUAAUCAUUUGGUUGAUAUUUGCUGCAAAACAGAUUCAAUUUUCCAAUUACUUCAAAGCGGUCUUGCUCAUGUGAAAAAUAAAUCUUUCAUUGACGCAUUCAAAACGAAAUUUAUUGACAAAAUUUCAAAGGAUAUGAAAGCCGAUGAUUUAAAACGUUUCGAUUUGUAUCAAAACCAAUUAAGACAACUGUUUGAAAUCGGUAACAAUGACGAACAAAACAAUCAACUUGUGAUUGACUUGAUUGAACGAGCAUUGACAAACGUUUCUAUAUCUGAAAAUGAUAUUCUCGAAUAUGCUAUCUUAAAGCCUGAUAGAUCAACACUUAUCUAUCAUAUAUUGUCUCAUAAUUGCUAUAAAAAAUUAUCAAUUUUUGAAAUAGUCAUUAAACAAAUGGAUACUCUGUGGACUCAGUGGGAUCAGCAAGGAAUAUAUGCGUCUCAUAUAAUGGCCUGGAAGAAACAAACAGACGAACAACGAAGUGUAGCGAAUCAAUUAUGGAGUGCUGUUAAAAACAAAGUGGGAACAUUUGAAGAAAUGUUAAUGAAAGCAGACACCGACUUAGAGAAUAAGAAGAGCAUAUGUGAGAAAACUGAAGUUUGUAUCAAAGCGUAUUGCAAAAAAGCUUCUGACAAUCAAAAGAUCAUCGGAGAAAUACACAUUACGAAGGAUGAACUAAGAAAAACCAAGGUGCAAUCUGUUCAAAUUCCUCAAUCUAUUCAACAAAUUCAUAGUUACGUCGAUCUACUUGUUCCAUAUACAAAAUGUGAAAUUUGGAAAGAUUUUCUCCAAAAAAACCAAGAUAAAAUGAUUUUGCCAUCAAAAACACAAAUAUCUUGUCAUUCAAUUUUGUUCAAAUCUGAUGAACUUUUUAAUACAUUCGUUAGUGAAAUUAUAACUAUUUGUUCAAAUUGGAAAAGUCGAUCAAUCUCACAAUUGCAAGAAAUAUUUCCAAACAUGCACAGUGAUUUAGAUCCAUUAAAACAGAAAUUAAAUACUGAUAUCAUUAACUUUUUUACACUUUUAUUUCAAUAUAAAAAAUCUUCAAAAGAUUUAAAUUAUAUUUGUCAAGGAUACAUAAACUUAUCCGAAUUCUUCCAAAUACAAUUCAAUGAUCAUCAAAAUUUACUAUCUAAUAUGNGGAUCAGAGUGGACCAGCUUAUUCAGCUUAGCUCAACCAAAUCAACUUACAUUCAAACAUCUUCAUCUAAUUACAUCAAUCGAUGUCUAUUUGAAGUAUCUGAUUCAAGUUGCAACGAUAGAACGCUCGGAAAAUGCUGA